GACGAGAGGAACGCGAUUUAUCUCGUAGAGAAGACCGAGAAUCCCAUGAAAAUUUACGACGAGAAGAACAUGGUCUCACCCGCAGACAAGAUGGAGAAUACCGUGAGCGACAAGAGGAGCAAAUAGAUCGAAUGGAUAGGCGGUUGAGUCGAGAAGAUAUGCGACGAGAUGAGAAUGCUCCCACUCACAGACAACAGCGAGAAGAUCGUGAACGACGAGAGGAGCGAAACGAUCACCAACGAGAGAAACAAAGCAAUAUACGACGAGAGGAACAAAGCAAUCUCCGACAAGAGGAACGUGAUUUAUCUUUUAGAGAAAAUCGAGAAUCUCAUGAAAAUUUGCGAGAAAAUCGAGAAGUCGGUGAACGACGAGAGGAACGAAGCGAUCUUCGACGAGAGGAACGUGAUUUAUCUCGUAGAGAAGAUCGGGAAUCCCAUGAAAAUUUACGACGAGAAGAGCAUGGUCUUACCCGCAGGCAAGAACGAGAAUAUCGUGAGCGACAAGAGAAGCAAGUAGAUCGAAUGGAUAGGCGGUUGAGUCGAGAAGAUAUGCGACGAGAUGGGAAUGUUCCCACUCACAGACAACAGCGAGAAGAUCGUGAACGACGAGAGGAACGAAGCGAUCUUCGACGAGAGGAACGCGAUUUAUCUCGUGGAGAAGAUCGUGAAUCCCAUGAUAAUUUACGACGAGAAGAACAUGAUCUCACACGCAGACAAGAACGAGAAGAUCGUGAGCGACGAGAGGAACGAAACGAUCUCCAACGAGAGAAACAAAGCGAUCUACAACGAGAGGAACGAAGCGAUCUUCGACGAGAGGAACGUGAUUUAUCUCGUAGGGAAGAUCGAGAAUCCCAUGAAAACAUGCGACGAAAAGAACAUGAUCUCACCCGCAGACAAGAGAGAGAAUAUCGUGAGCGACGAGAGGAGCAAGAAGAACGAGUAAAUAGGCGGUUGAGUCGAGAAGAUAUACGACGAGAUGAGAAUGUACCCACUCACAGACAACAUCGAGAAGAUCGUGAACGACGAGAGGAACAAAGCAAUCUCCGACAAGAGGAACGUGAUUUAUCGCUUAUAGAAAAUCGAGAAUCUCAUGAAAAUUUGCGAGAAAAUCGAGAAGUCGGUGAACGACGAGAGGAACGAAGCGAUCUUCCACGAGAGGAACGUGAUUUAUAUCGUAGAGAAGAUCGAGAAUCCCAUGAAAAUUUACGACGAGAAGAGCAUGGUCUCACCCGCAGGCAAGAACGAGAAUAUCGUGAGCGACGAGAGGAGCAAGUAGAUCGAAUGGAUAGGCGCUUAAGUCGCGAAAAUAUGCGCCGAGAAGAGAAUGUUCCCACACACAGGCAGCAACGUGAAGAUCGUGAGCGACGAGAGGAACGAAACGAUCUCCAGCGAGAGAAACAAAGCGAUCUACGACGAGAGGAACAAAGCAAUCUCCGGCAAGAGGAACGUGAUUUAUCGCGAAGAGAAAAUCGAGAAUCUCAUGAAAAUUUGCGAGAAAAUCGAGAAGAUCGUGAGCGACGAAAGGAUAGAAGCGAUCUCCGACGAGAGGAGCGUGACAUGUCUUAUAGCCAAGAACGUAAAUCCCGUGAACAAGAGCAGCAAAUGGAUAGACAAGAAUCUCGAAGGGGUAUAAUACGAAAGGAUACCGAUCUGACAAGCAAUGUGUCUCGGCGCGAAAAACGGGAGGAAUUUAAUGGGCGAGAUUUGGCACAACAGUCGCACCACUAUAUGGGCAAGAACCUCGAGAGUCAUUUGGCUUCCACGCAGCUCAGUAGUUGGGUUAUCAAAAUCUGUGGCAAGCAUUGGCUCCUUAUGAUUGGCCAGGCACUAUUGAUGUUGCUUCUUUAUUCCAAAGCCAGCAAAAAAGGAAAGGAACUUAGCCUUAGGAAUAUUUCUGGCAACUUUCAUCCAAUCAACUGCUAAGUAAGACAAGAAAUUACGAGAAACCUGAUAACCUGAAACGAAUAAGUACCUAAGAAAUCACACUACUAUACUACAAAAACCAUAAUGUUAAGUAACGAGUUAAGCGCUGAGAGUGGAUCUGAAAUGUGUCUGUAAAUGCAAUGUACAAUUUAAUCCAACUGUUACACUAACUGUAAUCUAAACUAUACGAAACAACAAACAAAUAUAAGUUAUACUUAGUUGAGCAUAUGCA